AUGCCUCUUACUGCUCUUCCAAAUGAAAUAAUCCUUUUAAUUGCGGCCCAACUGGAUUCAGAAACUGAUAUUCUGCACUUUCUGAUCACCAACCGCACUCUGUACAACCUUCUCAUCCUCGAGCUGUUCAGAAGAAAUGUGGAGCAUACCGAAGGCAGCGCUUUGAUCAAAAGCGUUGAAAACUGCAACGAGUGGGCUGUGAGAACCCUGUUAUCUCUGAAAGCGAAUCCGAAUAUUGUCGCAUUCGACCUUGAAUGGAACACGCCCUUGACGAUUGCUGUCACGUACGGCUAUACAGCUAUAGUCCAAAUUCUUCUUGAGAAUGGAGCAAACCCCGGUUUCGUGAACUACCGAGGAACAAGGCCCUUAAAUAGGGCUAUCAAAUACAAUCAGGGUACCUGCAUCAUGAAGUUGCUGAUUGACUAUGGUGCCUACAACGACCCCAAUGUCCGCCCUGAACCAGGGACUCAGAGCAGUCACCGUCAUGAAGAUGACCCGCUAGUCGCCGCCGUGGUAUCAGGCGACAUCCAAAAACUUGAGAUACUUUGUGCCUAUGCGAAUUUGAACCUCUCGGACCGCCACCUGGGGCCGAGAUUACUUCGCUCUGCUGUCCAGUUUGGGAGUUCCUCGCAAAUGAUGAAGAUGCUUCUUGACUCUGGCCUUGACCUCAGUGGGGAAGAUGGGUUUGAUUCGUUGAAACACGCUGCUAGAAUGUCAUCGCUGCCAAUGGUGCAGCAGCUGCUAGAUCUUGGUGCCCCCGUGAACGCGCCAGCCGGCUGCCAAAGCAUCAGCCCCUUACAUCUUGCUGCGGAUCCUAACUAUUCUACUGAUGUGGCCAUCGUCAGGCUACUUAUUGACCGCGGGGCUCAAGUCAAUGCCAUGACUUUUACUGGCCAGACCCCCCUACAUUGCACAGCUCGUCGAUGCGAUGUUCCUGUCGCAAGGGUGCUUCUUGAUAAUGGCGCGGAUGUGAAUAUCCAAAAUGAUUAUGAAAAAACUGCAUUGCAUAUUGCCGCUGAGUUGAAUGGUACGGAUUUGAUCAAGCUGCUGCUUUCUUGCGGAGCCACGGUGCCUUCUAAAGCUAAUGGCCUGCCUCCUAUUCGCUUGGAGGCGGACGACCCAAUCGCCCAGAUGUUUCUCGCGCAUGAUUCCAAUGCGCAUUUUCGAGAAUAA